GCCGGGGGAGGAGCCAGAGACCGUGCAGCAGCAGCAGCAUUGUCUCAGAAAGUGAACGCGUCUCCAGCGUGGCACCGAGGAGAAGAAGAACAGGAGGAAGAGGAGGAGAAGCGGCUGAUCUUCACAGGACAAAACCUCAAUCCGUCCACCAACGGACAGCGGGGAGUCGUAUGCUAAACCGACUGAGGGUCUAAUAACCCGUCAAACCACAGAGAAACAGCGGGAUUUAUUUCCUCAACGGGCCCGGAUACAGCUGGAUAUCGUUACAGAGCCUCAACUCGGGUCCUUUCGUCCUGACAUGGACACAGGAACUGUACCCGAAAAGAAAAGAGUGAGCUCGGACCGGAGGAAGGAGAAGUCCAGGGAUGCUGCGCGAAGCCGGCGCGGGAAGGAGUCGGAGGUGUUCUACGAGCUGGCCCAGGAGCUGCCCCUACCCCACAGUGUCAGCUCCAGCCUGGACAAGGCCUCCAUCAUGAGGCUCACCAUGAGCUAUCUGCGCAUAAGGAAGCUUCUCACCUCUGAUGAGCCAGUUGCAGAAGAGGAAACAGAGCUGGAUAUCCAUCUAAACAGCUCCUACCUUAAGGCUCUGGAUGGCUUCCUCAUUGUGCUGUCUGAAGAUGGAGACAUCAUUUAUCUCUCUGAGAAUGUCAACAAAUGCCUCGGGCUGGCACAGUUUGACCUGACUGGACACAGCGUGUUCGACUUCACACAUCCCUGUGACCAGGAGGAGCUGCGGGAGUUGCUCAUCCACAAAACAGGCUCCAAAAAGACCAAGGAGUCAAACACAGAGCGCAGCUUCUUCCUCCGAAUGAAAUGCACUCUGACGAGCAGGGGCCGCACUGUCAACGUCAAGUCAGCUACAUGGAAGGUUCUCCACUGCUCAGGUCAUGUUCGUGUGUAUGACACCAAAACUGAAGAGACCUCUAACGGACUCAAGGAGCCACCUGUCCCCUACCUGGUUUUGAUCUGUGACCCCGUCCCCCACCCCUCCAACAUCGAGGUCCCCCUGGACACCAAGACCUUUCUCAGCCGCCACACGAUGGACAUGAAGUUCACGUAUUGUGAUGAGAGGAUCACUGAGCUCAUGGGUUAUGAUCCAGAGGACCUUUUGAAUCGUUCUGUGUACGAGUACUAUCACGCUAUGGACUCUGACCAUCUCACCAAGUCUCACCAUAACUUGUUUGCAAAGGGCCAGGUCAGCACAGGACAAUACCGGAUGUUGGCUAAGAGAGGAGGCUUUGUGUGGGUGGAAACCCAAGCCACUGUCAUCUACAACAACAAGAACUCCCAACCACAGUGUGUUGUCUGUGUCAACUUUGUGCUCAGUGGUAUCCAGGAGGAGAAACUGAUCUUGUCUCUGGAGCAGACUGAGGAUGAGAUAAUGGUGAAGAAGGAGCAGAAGCGACAGGAGAAGGAAGAAAAGGUUGUAGUGGAGAGCAGCCUGCCUGACAUGUCAACAACCUUGCUGAAGGAGGAGGAAGAAGAGGUCGAGGAGGUGGAGGUGGAAGAGCAGGUGGAGGUGGAGGAGGCAGCAGAGAAAGGCCCAGAGCUGGAUGUGAUCAAACUCUUCACCCAGGCGUCCAAUUCUCGGCCACUGGCGAGCCUGUACGACCAGCUGAAGGAAAAGCCUGAGGCCCUCACCCUGCUGGCCCCGGCUGCUGGAGACACAAUCAUCUCCCUGGACUUUAGCUGCCCUGAUUCAGAGAUGCAGCUGCUUAAGGACGCCCCUCUCUACAACGAUGUCAUGCUUCCCUCCUCAAGUGAGAAGCUGGCUCUGCCUCUCUCCCCCCUGCCACCCAGCGAGCCUCUCAACACCAGAGGAGGAUUCAAAAGUGAGGAAUCUAAAGCUGAGAGCUAUCCUCCAGCUCCGUCCACUACAAUAACCUGCCACAGCUCCUCAGAGGCUGACAGUCCUAUGGACUUCUGUUUCCCUAUGGACUCAGAUAUGAGCUCAGACUUCAAACUAGACUUGGUGGAGAAGCUUUUUGCCAUUGACACAGAGCCCAAGACUCCCUUCAACACACAGGCGAUGGAAGACUUGGAUCUGGAGAUGUUAGCGCCCUACAUCCCCAUGGACGAUGACUACCAGCUGCGCAGUCUGACCCUAGAUGAGCCUCUGACAAGUGGACAGGUCAAAUCCCUCAAGAGUUCUCCAGUCCAAGUCACACAGCAAGUCGACAGCUACCCCAGCUCCCCAUUCAGUGGAGUAGGAAGUAGCACAAGUUCCCCGGCACCACUUGCGCCUGUAAUUGUUGCUCAUCUCGCCACCAUCAUCGCUAAGAGGACCCCACAGUUCGACAAAGAAGUCUCACUCAGGACUCUGGCGGCUCAGAACGCACAGCGCAAAAGAAAACUGGGAGACUUAAAGGACAUGUUUGGACAAGGAAAUUUGCUGGAGGAACAACUGGUGCAGGGCAAAAAGCUGAAAGCCGCAGAGUCAGGAAAAACCACCACCACCUUCCUGCUGUCUUCAGACUUGGCUACUUGUCUGCUGGGCAGCACGUCAGAUGUCACCAGGCCUCUCUUCCUGCCGCAGCUCACCCGCUACGACUGUGAGGUCAACGCCCCCCUGCCGGGCCGUCAGUACCUGCUGCAGGGGGAGGAGCUGCUGCGCGCACUGGACCACGUCAACUGAGUCGAUGCUUAGCCUGCUCACUGCUGGACUAGAUUGGACACUACAAUUUUCUCCCUCACACUGCCACUCUUUCCAAGACCGCCCCCGCCCCCGCCCGCCCGCCCCACCCACUCCCUCUUAUUUAAGUAUCUAUAUGAGUUUGAAUCUAGUUUGGCUGCUGUUUGUGCACAUCAUGUGAUAUCCGCAGCAUUCCACCGUGACAAACACCAUAGCAGCAUCUGGGUUUUGGUGCAAGGGAUUCAGGCAUCAUGAGAUGUCCACUCGUUUUUGUUUGUUUGUUUUUUGCUCUCUACCGGGGAGUCUCUUAGUACACAGCGCCUCGACAGGUGACCCUUUUCCAGCAGGUCACCACAGAACCUGGCGCUACUGCCAGCAGUGUAUUGUAAGCUUCAGUCGCACAAUUUAUAUUUUCUUAAAGAAAAAUAUUACCAGCAAUAUAUAUUAAGUCUUUUUAAAGUAGUUUAAAUGGGAUUUGAAAUUUUUUUUGUUCUUCUUCCCAUACUUGUAUGUUGUAGUACUUGUACUUACCAAGAUGUCCUUAGUCGAAAAAGUAUGAAAAUAUUGUUUGAAUGUUAUCUUCAUUUAAUAGCUGAGUCUUUGAGGUAAAUACUUUUAAUUGUGUAGCAGUCCAGUACAUGUCACUUUAUUACUUUACUGUAAGUGUGUGUUACUGUACAUAUACCAGGGACAUUUUAAUCUGCUCAGAGUGGCUUCACAGCUUCGAAAACAGUUUUCUCUUCACUUCUCAUUAUGGAGGAUAAUUUCUUUCUCCCAACAUGGAGUAACUUCAUGUUUUUGGUUUUUACUGUGCGUGUCAUACUCAAAACUGUCUUUUAAUCCAGUGGAAUCUCAGCAAUUCACAAUUUUACCUGUGUGAUCAUUGUCGUCACAGCAUCGGUGAGUUGUCGGACUUAUUUGCUCAGUUAAUGGUAGUCAGUUUAAGACCAUUGCUCCAUGACAUACUGUCGUCUCUCAUGCUUCUUGUUGCUGUCAAACAUUAAAUGGCUUUAAUAAAGUA